CAAUUUGAAAAAAUUGCAUUUGCAAAUCCUAGCAACCUUCGAAUGAUCCUUAUCAAAGGUAGACUUGAAAUAAUGCCACCAGUUCCAGUUCACUUUAAAUUCGGUCAAAAACAAAUGGAAAUUAUUGGUCAAGUUUAUAACUGGUGCUGUGCCAAUAAGAGUUUAGUUGGGCAUACUAGUUCUUCUAGGUGUGCAUUUAGAUUGCUUAAUCUGGAAGAUCCUAAUGAUCCCAAUAAAAACAUAUAA